AGAAGGAGUCUCGCACGCGACACUCACAUUCACACGGUGAGACAACAUAGCUGUGCGUGCCUCCGAUAACUUUUUUUCUCUACAGUGUUUUUCUUGGGGGGAAUCAUGGAUGUCCUAACUGUGGAGGGCUGGAGCAAAUGCGCACGUGAGGCGCCGGCCACGCACUCGCGGCAGCAGAGUUGUGGGAGCCCCAGAGAGGUGGAGAGGGGAGGGAAGCAACAGUUCGAGGAGUCCCGCUACGAACCUGGGCUGACGCUCGUGGACAGCGAUAGCGACCCACGCGCCUGGCUGGCUUCCGCUUCUGGCACCUGUGCGGCACACGCCACUUCACCCGACUACCUGCGGCACUCGCCAUGUCCGAGUACCGGCUCCUACCACGAGAGUGGCUCCCCGGGUUCCUCAGGCCAUCCCAGCCCACAGAGCUACAGAAAACCUGCCAAGAGCCUCACGUCUUCUUCUCUCAAAGUCAGGGAGUUGUGUCGCCUUAAAGGCACCCUCACCGGGCCCGAAGAGGAGGCCUCCGUGAGACAGAGAGCCCCCUCCCACAAGCCUGUCAAUGGGAUUCAAAGGCAAAGGAGAGUGGCCGCCAACGCGCGUGAGAGAAGGCGAAUGCACGGGCUCAACCAUGCGUUUGAUGAGCUGCGCAGCGUCAUCCCAGCGUUUGACAACGACAAGAAGCUCUCGAAGUAUGAAACUCUGCAGAUGGCGCAGAUUUACAUCAACGCCCUCGCCGAGCUUCUCCAAGGUCCAGUGUCCUCCUCCUCUUCCUCCAGCAGCAGCAGCAGCAGCAGUAAUAACGACAUCUCCAACAACACCAGCUCGCCAAAGUGUGACAUUAUGCUCUCGUCCACCGCUGGUUAUGACGGGAUGAAGGACAGGGCCUCUCAGUCUCCCUCAACCUGCAGAGCAGCGGACCCUGCGCCCGUUUCAGGUAGCAGCUUACCUGUGCACAUCAGCGGGGUUCCCUUCUGUUCCUCCUUCGACGAAAGUUCGUUUUCCACUAGAGUUGAAAAAGCGAUGUGUUCCCCGUCUCCUUCGGCAUCUGCUCGGGCGGGCAGUUCGCAGUUUGCAAAUGGGAGGAAAGCGUCUCCCCGGAGCGACGGAGAGUUUUCCCCGCACUCCCACUUCAGUGACUCGGAUGAAAUAGCGAUGGAGCUUCAUUCGAGUGAAGAAGACGAUCUUUCAGAACUGAAGCUGCCCUCACACCAUCACCGCACAAUUUCCUUCUAAAUUCCCACAUAAAGACACAGUAUAGCGAAGUUUCUCUAUAGCCUACAGUGAAGUAAUGUCCAUAAGACGUGUCAAUCAUAGCGAU